AUGGUCUCCAGUUGCUUCGCCAGCAACUUCGCCACUGAUGAAGAUAAACGCUUCACCGACCAGAACCUGGGCCUGCCGUGCAUCGGCGACCAGUGCCACCAGUUACCUCCCGUACAGAGCCCCCCGAUGUUAUCUCACAAUGGAUAUCGGUACAAGGCGACAGACUCCCUUCCCGGAUUACCAACGGGUAUGCCGGUGGUGAAGCCAACUCUGGGAUCGGCCAAGUCAGAUGCCCAGGAUAUCUUGCCAUCCAAAAUCGACGAUUCUAACAUUGGAAGGAUCGCGAACGCAGAGAACCCAAUUCUGCUUGACCCCGAAAAGCUGGAUUGGGGUCGCAGCAGGUUUACGUCCAUUCUGUUGGCUAACCUAUACAGCAACCUGUCGAUGACGGACAUCCAGAAGGCACACGAUGCUUUAGAGCCGAGGGGCACCGUUGAGAUCUUCGCUCCCGCCACAGCCUCUAAAGACUCGUCUUGGUCGACAGCCAGAAUCGUUCCUGUUUUACUGGCCCUUGGUUUCUCCCCCGUUUACCUGCACAAGUUCGAAAUUGAAGGUCCAACCAAGAGACACCACUCAACCAGGGCCGGGCAUGACAGUGAAGUCCAUUUGAUCAUUGCGCAAAAGCUGCCGGAGGGCAGUGACGUUGCGCGGAGCCAGGAAGCUACGUAUUGUGCGUGCAACCAUGGGCGACCCGUCAGUGUCUACGGAUGUCGCAGCAGGGGCCUUGUGGGUCAAUGGCCAAGGAGUCAGCCCAAUGUCUCCGAUGACAGAACGCCUGGGUGUGGUGUCACCAGGGGGUGCUUUAUGGGUCCGGGCCACCAGCCCGACCCCUGCAGUGUAUGCAGCGGGAGGGCCCACAUCACUUCCGGGGAGACAAGGCUGGUGGAGUGCGGACCACCGAUGAACGGCCUCACGUUCCAGCUGAGCAUCCUCGUCCGCGGGAUUGGGAUGCGUACAAGGUCAACGAUGAGAAACGAGGGAGACGCAGCAUUCGAGAGACAUCAGAAAAAAGAAGGCAACCACGAACCCCAGAUCAUACCAAUCCCCACCCGCCCGGGGAAACAGCCAUUAGCCUGCCAGCAUGGCUGCGAUGGGCAAGAAUUUCCGAGCGCCAAGCUGCGCAACAAGCAUCACCAAAAGGCCCAUUACAAAUGCGGGGAUUGCAAUGGAAUAUUCGAUGGGUAUUCAAAACUGCAACACCAGCACUAUUUCGGACACAUGACGUUCGCCCAACUGGCUAGAAGUCCGCAGGAUCCCGUCAUUGUAACGGAGUUCGACAAAUACGCCGAGAAAAUUCUAGAGCUGGUUCGAGAAUGCCUCGGUACGGAAGGGGAUCACCCUCGGGAGUCGCGGUGGCAUGGUGUUCUCGCCAUGCUGAGACAGCUAGUACCAGAGAAUCAUCCACCCCAAACUGCUCAUAUAGCGUCUUCAGAGAAUCUGGAUCCCGCAGCACAUGCGUGGCGUCUGACGACCGACAAAUUGGACCAGCUCUUGGACGAAGAGGCGCCCUUGAACGACCGCCUCAUCCUCAAGGGAACCAGGCCGACGAGAAACGAGGAUGCUAUUCAUCAAGAGCUCUGCGCCAACCUACUUCAAGCCUUCAAGGGCAUGGGGCUCUCUGUGCAAGACAUGACCAGUACAACGGGCAUGCCUGCCAAGAUGCCCACCGAGACCGUUGUCAGUCGAAUCGAAAAGGGUGCGGACAUUCAGGGCGGAACUUUGCCGAUCAACCUUCUCGAUAUGAUGUGGGCCGGACAAGCACCGCCAGCCCCUGAGUUCCUCAAUCGGCGCCGUUUUGCGGUGACCGCUUUGGUUGAUGCUCGUGCGAAAGUCGAGAGAGCGAAAACAGACCUCGUCGGCAAGACCCUCACGAGGACCUCGGCGAGGGGCCAGAAGGGCAACAAGGAAGAGAACCCAAGCUCCGCAUUGUUGGAUCUGUGGGGAUAUAUUUACUUUAUGCUCUUCUCCCAGAAGGGCUCGUUCACGGGCUUUCACUGCGACAAUCCCGGGGGAACGUUUCUCAGGAUUCUGACCGGGCUCAAAGUCAUCUUCGUCCCUGCUCGGUGGGAUGAGCAAGAGAGGCAGAACUUUGCAGAGUACGGCGACCAAUGGGUCCCUAGCCAAGUCCGAAUCAUUGUUCUCCAACCGGGGGACACAUUCGUCAUGAUGCCGGGCGGGAUUGUUCCCCAUGCCGUCCUCACUCUGGAAGAUUCGCUCGUGUGUGGUGGCAUGUUUCUGGAUGCGCGUCGCAUCCUGGACACACUUGAGUCCCAGCUGUGGAUGGUGGAAAAUCCCCGGGUCACGAACGAGCCUGCGCCGCUUCAAUUGAUCGUUCAAGGAGGCCUGUUGCGAGACUAUGUGAAGACGGAGGACCAGGAGCGUUUUGAUAGCCUGUGGAGGGAGGUUCAGUCCAGGCUGAGCUGUGAUUGCCGCACCUGCAAGACGUGCUACUGCAAGCUAGCGCGUGACGGCAUGUGCAACGAUGUGUGUCGAAAACGAAAGAUGGCUAAAAGCGCCGAAAGAGCGAAGAAGCCGAAGGCCGAUGGCCUCGGGAAGAGAAGUGCAGCGGCAUCAGAGGAUGGCCUCGCCUGGUCCGGGCCUACUAUUAGCGACUGUGCUCGUAAGACUGGACGAAUCGGCCCCAGAUGGGUCUGGAUCUCCGUGCUGAUCAUCAUCGCCGAGACGCCCGUGCCUGAGCGCUAG